AUGUUCCCGCAUAUAAGUCAAAUUUCCAGAUCAAAAGAACAAAACUCCCUCGUCCAAGAAGCAGGUAUAGCGAUACACAACACCAACAAAGACACCGAGGAUAAUGUCACGUGCUUCGUAGAAGAAAAGCUUGGUUCAAAAUUUGUUGAAUCCAGAUCUCCACCUUUUCAUAAAUCCUUUGAAGAAACCAGUUCAAUCACGCCUAUAUUUUUCAUUCUCUCUCCUGGCGUUGAUCCGUUGAAGGACGUCGAAAAACUGGGAAUGCAAUUGGGUUUCACUUUUGGAGGGAGAAAUUUCCAUAAUGUAUCACUGGGUCAAGGUCAAGAACCCAUAGCGGAAGAAGCCAUAGAACUUUCCGCGAACGAAGGCCACUGGGUAAUUUUGCAAAAUGUCCAUUUAGUGAGGAAAUGGUUGCCUACAUUGGAAAAAAAGAUGGAACAAUGCUCGGAGAAUCCACAUGAUGAUUAUCGUUUGUUCAUUAGUGCGGAACCCAGUCCUGAUCCUCAUGAAUCAAUAAUACCUCAGGGUAUACUAGAAUCAGCCAUAAAGAUUACGAACGAACCACCAUCUGGAAUUCAAGCGAAUAUUCACAAAGCGUUGGAUAACUUUACCCAGGAAACUUUGGAGUCCUGCAGCAAGGAAACCGAAUUCAAAGCAAUAUUAUUUGCACUUUGUUAUUACCACGCUGUACUUGCAGAACGUAGAAAAUUUGGGGCGCAAGGAUGGAAUAGGUCCUACCCAUUCAACUUCGGUGAUCUAACAAUCAGCGUAUCUGUAUUAUUUAAUUACCUGGAAAAUAGUAUCAAAGUACCUUGGGAGGAUCUUCGUUACUUAUUUGGAGAAAUAAUGUAUGGAGGUCACAUAACAGAUGAUUGGGAUAGAAGACUAUGCAAGACAUAUUUAGUAGAAUAUUUGAAAACGGAAUUAGUCGAAGGUAUAUAUGAUAAUUCACAAUAAUAUUUCCAAUGUAUUCGAUUUAUUAAAUCUAUUUUUAAGUACAAUUUUUCUAUAAAACUUUAAGUUUGUAAAUACUUUAUUGGUCUCUUCUUAUAAUAAUCAAAACUUUUUAAUAUUGAAACGAAAUAUGCUUUAUAUCAGUAAUUCUUUACUAUUUAAUGAUUAGUAUUCGUUUCCUUCUCUUAUUUUGUAUAUAUAAGGUGUUGGUAGUACGUGUAGAGUGCUAAAGAAAUACUCGGCGUUUCGUUUAACAGUAUAUGUAUUCUCGCUUAACGACUUUGUUACAAGUCUCAACUCGCGACUCGAGCGGAUAAUAAUUUACUCACGUUUCUCGAUAUCGACUGCAAUCACGCUUCUUGGUCACCACUCAUC